CGCGAGCCGAGGAUAUCGACGUGACGUCACACCAUCGGAGGAAGGAAAGCUGCGUACCCGGAAAGGACGGCGGGCCGCACACGUUUGCGAUGCGUCUAUUUAAACGUUAUAUGCCCGACACGAGCCCACAGCUCGUUUCGGCUGUACCUAUAUCUCAAGACGUUGCGACUACGAAUAAUGCCGAAAGCAAUGCGUCGGAAAGAUCGGAGAAGAAGUCGAAGACAGAUGAUAGAUUGGAAGGUACUCUUCCUGACAAAGAAGAAAUUGACACGCAGAAAGAAUCAACUGACUCCUCUAUUCUGACUCGUAAAGGACUUUCGACGUGGGGGCGAAAGAUGGGACGACGAUGGGAUCAAAUGAAGAGAUCGGACAGCUCCGAAUUGCUUUCAGUGCCACGACGACGACGACGGUGGAGCCCGCAUCGGAAAAUCGGCUACGAUCAGAUGUCAAACGAGAACGAAAAUGGACCUAGCGAAUUCUCAAGACCAAAAAGAAUUCCCAGAGUAGAAUCGUUGAGAAACCUCUUUAGGACCGGCGAUCAUUCUCUUAAUGGCAAGAGUUGUACGAGAACCGCGACGAUACAGGAGGAGGAUGGGGUCGUCAAUGUUAGCCAUUGCCCGAUGGAAAAAACUCUCAGCGAAGGAGCGAUCAGAAAGAUCCCCUUCCUGAGUAUCUGUCCAGAGAAUUUCGAUGAUCGCGAGUUCGCUGGAAUCGAUCGGGAGAUGUUUCUCCGCCAAAAAAAGUUGCAGCUGAGUCGUAGUAUACAGGAUCUUCAGGAGCAGCACCGAGUCCUGGAUUACAUAUUGAAGAAUCACGAGGUUCUGAAGACGCGUCAGGGUGACACGUUCGCGGGAGAAACGUUAGAGAACGUUGAAACGAGCGCGAAUGCGAAAGCUUCGAGGGAAGCAAAGAGUGCACUUCCGACGCGAACGGGACUUGAUCGUCAAUCUAAUGCCGGUAACGCCGGCGUCAAUGAAGCUAAAGGGUCUUCGUGUCCCCAGGGAUUAUCUUCCAGCUCGCUAACUGGUCUGGAAGAUCUUCUGAGUAAUCUGCGUAUAGGUUGUGACGAGAGCGGUUACGAUUCGGACAGUACGCGAACCGGCGCGGAUUCGCCAGAUAGCGAAAAGUCAACGGUGCCUCCUUUAUUGAAACCGCGCAGUUUCUCGAUAACAUCGGAUGAUUAUCGCGGCAUUGACUUAUCUUUGUCCGGUGGUAUCUUGCGGAAAAAGAACACAGAUACAGUGACCGAACCACGUUCGACAUCGGAAACGUGUGUCUCGAAGGUCGAGGUCAACGUCGCAGAUGCCGCUGUCGAUACCGUAGCAAGCAAACCUUCCUUCAAUGAUUCGACCACAACCCAGUCUACCGUGUUAAUAUCGGAGGAUGAUGACACGGACAGCUGCGACGAGGAUACCUUUGCCAAUUUUCUGGAAGACCAAUCGGAUUUAACAGCUGUUUAUUCUAAGAUGGAAGGAGAUCUCUCAUCAAAGACUAGCGAGGAUCUAAUGAGAGCAGCGUCCACGACUUCCGCUCGGCUCGACGAGAAUUUAACGAAACUCCAAGUGACAGAUUGUAACAGUCUUGAUGUUACAUUGCGGUGUGACGAUGCUGAUGCACGUGGUGGCAUCGAAGAUACCAAGAUGAAAGUCGACAUUGAUGAAAGAAAACUUUGUGCGACGCCGGAUAAUCAUAUUAACGUAACUCAAAUAGCUAAACUUCAAAAUUUACUGAAAGACAUGAAGUCUAAAAACCGAAAGUGCUCCAGCCCAAGUGUACUACACCUGUUGGACCAUGCAGCGUCUCCGUGCAAGGACAGUCCACCGGCCAACAAAAUUAAUUCUUUAUCCGAUGCGAUGAUUAAUCCUUUACGAUACUACAGCCCAAAGAGAUCACGUUCCACUCUAGAACUCGAUGCGUUAGACGUUACGAGGAACGCAGCAAAGAAGAGCACUUGUAAAUCCUCGGUUCCUAUAUCUUCCGUUACUAAACCUGUCGCUGCCGCUAACAAAAUUUUAACACGGCGUGAAUUAAAAACAAUGAAACUGACGGUGAAUCGCGCGGCGGGUCUCGGUAUUUCGGUCGAACGGUGCGAGGCGGCCAGACCAUUCUACGUGAUCGCCAAGAUGGAUCCUAACGGCGAGGCGGCUAAGUCGAAACAAUUUCGCAUCGGCGACGAGAUCGUUCGAGUCUGUGGACGUAGGAUACGCGGCAUGUCGAUGGCAGAAGCACGAAAUGCUUUGCGAAGUUGUAUCGGCACGGUCGAACUACAAAUCGCAAGAGAACCGAAUCCGACUUUCGGCAAGGAGAUCGGCGACACAUGGGGCAACGCCUUGACGCGAACGCGAAGCGAUCCCGAUGCGUGGAUCUCGAAGAACAAAAGAGCUGAAGCUUCCUCUUCCGGCAACGUGUCAUCUUCGACGAACGCUAGAAUCCUUUCCGCCGUUGACGAUGCAACCGUCAACCUCCAAAAAAUGACGGGUAUGAAGAAAUUCCAGGUCGUGAGAAAACGAAGCGCCGAGGCGCCUGCCGUUCGACGAGGGUCCAGUUUAUCUUUUGAUCUGUUGACAAUCAUACUGGAAAAGGGCGCACCGAAGAAAUUGGGCUUUUCCAUCGUCGGCGGCGUGGACAGCAAUAAAGGACGCAUGGGUAUUUUUGUGAAGGAUAUUAUAUCCGGUGGACAAGCUGCAGAAGAAGGUACUCUGAAAGUGGGAGAUGAAAUUUUGGCGAUCAAUGGUUCUUCAUUGGACGGCCUAACACAUGCCAAGGCAUUGCAGAUGUUCAAGAGCGCCAAAGCCGGAAACUUGAUACUUCACGUCGCCCGAAGAGAUCCAACGCAUAAACGAUACGUUACACAAUCAAAGUCGUAUGAUUGCCUCGACAAAUUAACGAAGUCCACCGACGAAUAAAACUUGCUAUUUAUGUGGUCGUUAAUUAUAUUAUUAAUUUCGCUUCUAAAAACGUAAUGAAUUACCUAAGAAGUUAUGAAAUUUCCUAUUACAUACAACCACUUAACUUUAUAAGUUUAUUAAAAUCUUACAUCUAAAUAUUUAAAAAUAAUUGAAAUAAAAGGUUAUUUAUGUUCUAAAUUUUUCAUGCAUUUCGGUUAGCAUCUUAACUUACUUUUAAUAAUAUUUUGUAUACAGAAAAGUAUACAUAUAUAGAUCAUAAUUGAACUGCAAUUGUGAUAUCAAUCUAUUACUUUCGCUAACAAAUAAUAUUCGUAACAACUUUUUUUCUAAUAGAUCUUUUUCAUAAAUAAGAAUAUUUUGCAUUGUGUUAUAUAUGUAAUAUUGAACUUGAACUCUUUAAAUAAGAUCUCAGAGAUAAAAGUAAUCCGUAUUUAUUUAUGCUUUCAUCUCUUUUAUAUUUAAUUAAUCUAUCCUCUUUCGAAAAAAGGAGGAAGAUAAAUUUUGCAGAAUAUUAAAUUAUAUCACUAUUGAAAUAUUUGCAUUUUUUCUUUAGAAUAUAUCUAUUUAGAUAUAAACAUUACACGUUAAAGAAAUGUUAAGUAAAGUAAUAAAGUAGAAUUAGUUAACAAUAACGAUAUUGUGUAGCCAUGUCCUGUUAGAUGUCGUAUGCUAACAACUUGGAAUAUGGUUUAACUUAACAGCGUCGUGGAUUUAACAAAUGUUUUUAUUUAAAAAUAUAUUCUUGUGUAAAUCGACUUACACGAACACUAAAAAGUUAGUUAGUUGCAUCCGAAAGCACGAAAGUCAUUAAAUGUGUUUACUUUAUACUAUGAUAAUUAGUAAUUCUCGUUAAGUUAUUUUGUUAAGAGACUGACAUUACGAAUGUCUACCUGCAAAAUGCUGUGAUAAUGAUUGUAGUCGCAUCGGCUGAUAUUAUACGAGUUGUAUUUAAUAAUAAAUGUGAUUUUGUUAAAA